UUUCAGUGAAAUGUUAGCCAAUAGGCGCAUGAAGCCAGGCGUGUGUGUCCAAUGGGACAGCAGAUUUUCCUGCGGUUCGUAUUUGCGACGGCCGUCGGAUAUACCACCGAAAGAGUUCCAGACAGCUUACAAGACGAAAACCAUAAGGUGUAUGUCCAUGCAUGUGCAUGAGGGUGCGCUGCUUCAGGCGUGAGCGGUGAUGGGUGACAUUGAGGGCACCUACCGCUCCCUGCAAACUCCCGGCACCAGGUUGGGGGCACAGUUCAACGCGGCCAUUAGCACCCUGGAACCCGGCCAGAGUCUGAGUACCGCCAUGGGUAGCGGGGCCAAAGGUCAUGGCCGAGGGCUGCAGCUGCGAGUGCUCGGCCUGGACGACUCCCAGGAGUUCUACGACCUGGAGUCUAAGGCUGAUGGACAGGCCCUCCUGUCUGAAGCAUACCGCCGGUGCAAUCUCAUUGAGAGCGAUUACUUUGGCCUGGAGUUUCAGAACAUGCAGAUGAACUGGGUAUGGUUGGAGCCAACAAAGCUUGUCGUCAGACAAGUGAGAAGGCCCAUGAACACACUCUUCAGACUCUCGGUUAAGUUCUUCCCUCCAGACCCUGGCCAGCUACAGGAAGAGUACACCAGGUACCUGUUCUCUCUGCAGAUGAAGAGGGAUCUGAUGGAAGGGAGGCUCAUCUGUACAGAGAACACUGCUGCCCUUCUUGCCUCCCACCUGGUGCAGUCGGAGAUCGGUGACUAUGACGACGUGGCGGACCGAGAGUACCUGAAGGUGAACAAGCUGCUGCCUUAUCAGGAGCGCGUGCAGGAGAAGAUCAUGGAACUGCACCGGCGACACCUUGGUCAGACCCCAGCAGAGUCGGACUUCCAGGUGCUGGAGAUUGCGCGGAAGCUGGAGAUGUUUGGCGUGCGGUUCCACCCAGCAGCCGACCGCGAGGGAACCAAGAUCAACCUCUCCGUGGCUCACAUGGGCCUGCAGGUGUUCCAGGGCAACACGAAAAUCAACACCUUCAACUGGUCAAAGAUCCGCAAGCUGAGCUUCAAGAGGAAACGGUUCCUCAUUAAACUCCAUCCUGAUGUUCAUGGCCCUCACCAGGACACGCUGGAGUUCCUGAUGGCCAGCAGGGACCAGUGUAAGAUCUUCUGGAAGAACUGUGUGGAGCAUCACUCCUUCUUCCGGCUGCACGACCAGCCCCAGCCCAAGGCCAAAGCCAUCCUCUUCAGCCGAGGAUCCUCUUUUAGAUACAGCGGUCGCACUCAGAAGCAGCUGGUGGAGUACGUGAGAGACAGCGGAGCGCGAAGGACUCCAUAUCAAAGGAGGAACAGCAAGAUCCGCAUGUCUGCCCGCUCCCUGGCCUCUGAUUUUCCAAAACAGAGUCUGUCCUUCAACGACAGCCUGCGGCUCCCCGGUUCGCCUGGUUCGGCCACCGUCUCCUUCCACUCCUUGCCGAUUGGAGGUGGCUCUCCCCUACGCCAGGAGCCCCAGACUCAGCUGCAGCCCCACCAGAGCCUGCCUGCCUUCCAACAGAGCCAGCAGUUCCAGCACCACCAGCAGCAGCAGCCUGCCCGGCCCCCCAGCCCCCCGAAGGAGGACCCGGUCAACGCCGCCACCUCACCCCCGUCCCACUACGCCUUCCAAGGUUCUACCACCAUGGACAGCCCCCAGCUCUCCCCCUUCAGCUCCAAGGGUCCGCUCUGCAUAUCUCCCUCCUUCCAGAUGUCCACGCUGAGUCUGCCCGGCCAGGCGCCUUCUCCCCUGCAGAGCCCCAUCCUAAGCGAGGUGGGCACUGGCAGACUAGACGAGGAUGAGGAGGGCAGGAGGAAGAGAUAUCCCACUGAUAAGGCCUACUUCAUUGCCAAAGAGAUUCUGACUACAGAGAGGACCUACCUGAAAGACCUGGAGGUCAUCACCGUGUGGUUCCGCAGUGCUGUGAUCAAGGAGAACGCCAUGCCCGAGGGCCUGAUGACUCUGCUCUUCUCCAAUAUCGACCCCAUCUACGAGUUCCACCGCGGCUUCCUCAAGGAGAUCGACCAGAGGCUGGCUCUCUGGGAAGGGCGCUCAAACGCACACGUGAAGGGUGACUACCAGAGGAUCGGGGACGUGAUGCUGAGGAACAUGUGUUCAUUGAAGGAGUUCACCAGCUACUUGCAGAAGCACGACGAGGUGCUGACCGAGUUGGAGAAGGCCACCAAGCGUCUGAAGAAGCUGGAGACGGUCUACAAGGAGUUUGAGCUGCAGAAGGUGUGCUACCUGCCCCUCAACACCUUCCUGCUCAAGCCCAUCCAGCGCCUCAUGCACUACAAGCUCAUCCUGGAGCGCCUGUGCCAUCACUACACCCCCGAGCAACGCGACCACGACGACUGCAAGGAGGCGCUGAAGGAGGUGGCUGAGAUAGCUGCCCAGCUCCAGAGCAGCCUCAUCCGGCUGGAGAACUUCCAGAAGCUUACAGAGCUGCAGAGAGACCUUAUUGGCAUUGAGAACCUCACAGCUCCUGGCAGGGAGUUCAUUCGUGAGGGGUGUCUCUACAAGCUCACCAAGAAAGGCUUGCAACAGAGGAUGUUCUUCCUGUUCUCUGACAUGCUCCUGUACACCAGCAAAGGGGUGACUGCAACCAACCAGUUCAAAGUGCACGGUCAGCUGCCUCUGCAUGGCAUGAUUCUCAUAGUGCUGGAUGCACCGGUUGAGGAGAGUGAGAACGAGUGGUCAGUGCCUCACUGCUUCACCAUCUACUCAGCUCAGAGGACAAUUGUGGUGGCGGCCAGUUCCAAAGUGGAGAUGAACAAGUGGAUUGAGGACCUGAACAUGGCGAUCAACAUGGCUAAGAAGUCCCAGGAGAAGUCUGAUCUCUUCAUGGAGUCUGGUCUCUCCGAUCGCUCGAACAGGUCGUCUGAUGAGGUGUCUCUGGAGCAGGAGUCGGAGGAUGACAUGAACUCCUCCCGUAGCUCUCUGGAUAAGCAGACCCAUCACCGUGCCAACACCACCAUGCACGUGUGCUGGCACCGCAACACCAGCGUGUCCAUGUCUGACCACAGCCUGGCCGUGGAGAACCAGCUCUCUGGCUACCUCUUGAGGAAAUUCAAGAACAGCAAUGGAUGGCAGAAGCUUUGGGUGGUGUUCACCAACUUCUGCCUCUUCUUUUAUAAGACCCACCAGGAUGACUUCCCACUGGCCAGUCUCCCGUUGCUAGGCUACACAGUCAGCACCCCUGGGGAGAAUGACAGCAUCCACAAAGAGUAUGUCUUCAAGCUGCAGUUCAAGUCCCAUGUCUACUUUUUCCGGGCUGAGAGCGAGUACACUUUUGAGAGGUGGAUGGAGGUGAUCAAGAGUGCAGCCAGCUCCACGGGCAGGAUGAGCCUCCUGAUCCCCAAGGGUACGACGGAGAUGAACGGAAACUAAGCAGAGCAGACUGGAGCUGAGCUUCUGGAGCUGGGGGCUGGGCCUCGCAGACUCCCAGGAUAACCUAGUUGUUGUUGUUGUUGUUUAUGAUUAUAUUUCUCGCCCUACUUAUGGCUUUUUUUGGGGGUCAUUUAGUGUUGAUUGACAUGAGUGAGCACAGAAAUUGGGUGAAAAAUGGACUGCAUGAGACCGGCAGAAAGUUUUCUUUUCACACUCUACAUAUCUCUUGCUCUUUCUCUUUGUGGCUUGAUUUUGAUCGCUCUUUUUCGUCUGGCAGCCAGGUUCCUGGACUGCACCAGAAUGGUUGUCACUAUCCUGGUCAUCCACUUCCUUGAAAAGUGUUGCCUCUCUUUCCGCUGUGAGUCUCUGAAGAACCACAUAUUUGAUUGGUCAACCAUUAAAAGCCAGUAAAAAGGCUUCAGUUUGAGAACGUAUCCAAAGAGAUAACAUUGAAGAAUUGAGACUUAUUAAUAGAUAGGCAGCCAACUGCUCCACUUUUUGGUUGUUUGUCAGUGUCUGCUAAUCCCAAGCAGAGGUCAAAGUAAUGUACUUCUGUGGCUGUAUAAAGGGGUUUUAAAGGAAAGUUGUUUCUUCAUCAAGGGAAUAGACGUCCUGGGUUGUCAAGCCUUUUUAUUUCCAUGGUCAGUAUCAGAGGAGGGAGACUUAGCAGAUGCAUCAAGCAGUGGUGGCUGUACUGACUUCUCUGAUUGACUUCUUUUACCUUGUAUUACAAUCUCGAGCUUCGAUGUAAGCAACUUACACCUUGAGCCAGGUGUAAUGUAAGGACAGAGGAUCUCCCUAGAGAGAUGAAGGACUUGGCACUGAGGGACAUUUGAAGGGGACUGUGAAGUGAAAUGAUAUGAUGGAAGGGACACUAAAGGGUGUGCUGUGGCUGGGUUGAUGCACUCAGAUGGUACUAUGGAUAUCUGAUUGUGGGUCAGGGAAUAGGGUUUAGAAGGUACUAGGAAGACGACUUGGUCCAGAGCUAGAUAUAAGACUUUGGACGUUGAAUUUAAGGUUAGUUUGGCACGUUGAACACGUUUUAAAAGUGAACAGUCUCUCAUCUCUUUAGAGCUUGAAAAACAGGUCUAUGAUGCUCUGUGUAAGACCUCAGAAGGUUUUUGACCAGUGGUGCUCUGCGUUUCACAACACUCUGAACAUCUGACACCUCUGUGCAUCUUCUGUUAUGAGAUGUGGUGACGUGUGAAAUAUGGUGAUCUGUAUAAUUUGGCAAUAUUUCUGUCAGUGUUCUCCAAAGUCAGAAUGAGAAAACACUUGAGGUGGGAAGGUUUGAUGUUUAACUUGUUAACAAUUACUGUUUGGGCCCACCUGACGUGGAAUUAAAGGGAUCUUGAUGGAAUGUGUUUUUAUAUAUUCUUUAGAUAUUUAACACAUGAGAAUUUAUCAUCUGUCUGAUAUAUCUUAAAACAAGGGCAUUGUAAUAUUUGUGAUUGAAGUUGUAUAAUGCUAGUGAUGGGUUAAUUGUAUUGGGGUACCUAAUGGUUUCAGCAUGAGGCUGUUUAGCAAUAUUCCUUAGUGCCUCCAGGGGCGCUGUAAUAACAGUAUUCAGUUGUUUUUCUUUGUCCCCCUGCUGCAUUUCAACUAAUCCAGUUACUUUGUUUGAAGCCAGUCCUUGUUCUUUCAGUUCUCUCCAUUUCUCUCGUGUAAUGUCUUGCCUUGGUUUUUGGACUUGGUACAUUUUAAAAGGACAAAAUGUUUUGUCUUGUCGGUGCGAGAGUGAAGCCACAUUUCCUGUUACUUUGAGACGUUACUUUUGGUGUGGUCAGCCAGUCCAUGCUGGGUUACGAACAGUUUUACGUCUUAAUUUUGCUUAGCUUUUUCCACAAAAGGAAAAACCAGGCUGAACCCAUUUUAGCCCUGUUAAAAAGGUUUUAUGUAGGGAUGGUCAAGCUGUUUCAGUAUAUUUUGUAUAUUCAGCAGUAUGGCAGUGUUUGAAAGUGAAGCUUAGCCUUCUUUAUUGGCAGAAAUUUAUAUAUAUUUAACCCUGUGCAUAAUGGUACUGGUCACUGUAGGUCUGACUGUCCUGCAUCUACAGCGGGCAUUAGUGUGUGUGUGUGUGUGUGUGUGUGUGUGCGCGUGUCAGCAAGUGAGGAAAUGCUCUAGAUCCUGGUACCACAGGGCCCCCUGUAGUCCUUAAGUGCACUGAGAGAGGCCAGGGCUCCCUUUGUUUUGUACAUUUUGUAUUGAGGACUGGAAUCUCUUGCUUCUCCCUCACUGGCAAAGGAGGGGCAAAAAAACUUGCAUUUCUUUUGAUCCCAUUUUCCCCUUUUAACCCUUUCUACAUGCUGUCUCACAUCAGAUGAAUAAGGUCCAUGCGGAAAUAGGGGGGAAGAGACAUCUCCUAACCCAUCUGAUUUGUUUCUCUAUGUUCUUUUGGAGAACUACUACAGUUGGAUUGGACAAACGACAAGUCUGUCUGUCUUUAAGUCAAAUUUUAAGGUUCUCUCAGUGAAGAUGGUUUGGUGAUGGACCCCCGCCCAGGCUAGACAGAACGACUGUCUGUCUGAGACCCAUGCCUCUUCCUCUCCCCACAUCCUCGCUGUACACUAUGUUACUUUGUAUUUAUUAUGUAGCAUGUUGCCGGAGUUCUGCUGCUACUGAACACCUUGCAUGUAGUCAUGACCGUGUUAUUGCAUUGAAAAGAUAACAAAAUAAAGUCCAAAACUGGUUAA